GGGCAACAUCGCCAGGCGCACCGCAACCAGGGUGUCCGGUCAUGCACUUUGCGGUGGUGGUUGGCGUGAUAGCUGCGAGCGUCUCUACAGUGCUUAAUCUGGGUGUGCUUCUGCGCCCUUACUUUCCCACCUUGCCUACCGUACCACAUCGAACUGUCCCUCGCUCCCAAUCUCACUGUAUUCGUUGUACGAGUAGAAUCCCUCUCACCCUUUCCCCUCCAUCAAUCUUAUCGUCAUCACGCACACUCACUUCCAUCUCAUCACCAAUACCGCUACGCCUCUUUUCACCCCUGAUUCCAUCCUUCGUUUCUUACCCCCGUGACUGUGACGGACGGACGGACGGAAGGAAGGAGGCGAGAGGGAAAAGGGUAACACAUACCGGUACCGUGCUCAAAAAUCGUGUCAUACCCAACCUCUCCCGUACGAGUCCCGUCAGGUCAGUACAUACACUUCUUUUGCUCCCAUCAGAACCGACUUCUGUCAAUUCGCCCAGGCCAUCGCUCCAUUACCGGCUCGUUCUGUUCCCCUCUCACCUAUCUGCUGAACCCCCCCUUGCAUUGGUUACCACUUCAUUGCGAGAAGGACAGAAGAAGGGGAGAGGGACCAUCCGACUCGACUGGUGAGACCGGGGGUUCCCGUCACUUCUGCCGUUCUGACGGUGCCAGGUAGUCACGGUAGAGGUUGAGGGGAAAAUAAUAAUAAUAGGCGGAACAGAAAAAGGAAGGUUUGAUAAUAUAUCGAUCCCGGUAGUGGAGGGUUCCUAUAAUUCCGUAAUAUUUUUUUCUCUUUCUGUACGAUACCUCUGGCUAUCCCGGGGGGGGGGAAAAAGGAAAGAAAGAGGGCAGUGUCACAAUUUACAUUCAAAAAAUUCUGCUCGCUGAAUGCCACCGACCCCGCCGCCCACGAGUACCGACAACAAUCGAGAGCAGCUGGGCCCAAACUACCCGGACGCUCGCCACUAUCAGCCGCUGCCCGAUUCCCCCGACUCUCCACCGACCCCGCCACCACUGUCGGAGGCCAGGAAACAGCAGCGGCACCAACAACCACAAUCAGACUUACUCGGGGACUCGCCAAACCUACACUCUUCUCCGGACCGCAAGCAGGGCCCUGUAAGAGAAGGGGCGGAAUCCGUAAGGGUCAAAGUCUCGGAGGUACCGCCAUCAUCCGUGAUAGGGGAAGUUUUCGCCACGGGGGAUCUGAUACACUCUGGCUCUGACCUGCUCGUUCCCGAAGACGGCGACGGCCACUCGCAAUCUUACACACGAGCCGCAUCAGCAGCCCCAGCGGUUGUAACAGCCUCCACCUCUGCCACACUCACACCCACCUCCACCACCGCGACUACAACCGCCGUUACAACACCUCACGCCUGUCCAUCCAUUGUCCCAGAUCCGCUUGGGAAAGACAACGGGGAGGGUAACGACGAAUUUUACGAUCUCGCAGCCCUGAGAAGCACCGGUCUCUACCGAAGAAGCGGUGCUCUUGAGAAGCACGGUAGGGGUCAAGUUCCCACCGGUCUUGUGCGCCGGGGAAUUGGAAUUGUGAAGAGAGGCGAGCUUGGAGACUACGUUAGAAGGGACGGAGAUAUUAGUUCUUCUGCUGCCCUUGGUAGUGGAAGACUGGAGAACGCCGAGUUGGCGGGAAGAUACGGUGCGCUUUUGCCCCGAGCCCUUAACAUCCCCCGUGUCAUCCAUUGUUGUUGCCUUUGGCCAUGCUUCUGCUGUGCUCCUACGACCGCUUGCUGCCUAUCCCCCACCCAUCCAUCCGUCCAUCCGCCCCUCACUCUCCUUUCCCUGCCAGCCUGUGUUUGUUGGGAUUCCCCCACCCUCAAGUCUGUUUUUUUAUAUUUUUACCUUUUAUUCUAUUCUUUCUAUCCUCCUGCCUGGCUGACAUGAACCUCCGCACGUGUGUGCACAUCUAUCGAUGAACCUAGCCCAAACACGUUCCCCUCCUCAACACCCUACCUCCACCACCCUCCAAACCUCUCCGGUUCAUUCGCAUUCGUCGGACCAAUCUGUGUCUGAAGAGGAGGAAAACUCGGAAGUAGAGGAAGAGGAAGAGGAAGAGGAAGAGGAAGACGAUAUGGAGGAGGAAGAGUCCUGGAUCGGCAACUUUUGCUCCAUGGUAGGACAUGAAUACUUUGCUGAAGUCACAGAAGAGUUCAUCGAAGAUGAUUUCAAUUUGACAGGUUUAGGCCAGAUGGUUCCUAUGUGAGUGGUCUUGAUUUGUUUUAUUCGUUUUUGUUUUUUUUACCUGCUACGGAAGGAUGUUGUGCCCUUUUCCCGUUCCGCUAUCAUGGCUGCUUUUGAACGAGGCACGACAUUUCCCCAUCCUUUUUUGUUCGUAUUUUCACUAUUUUGGAAUUACGCGCUGAUCCCUUUUUUCUGGCAAAGGUACAAAGAAGCUUUGGAAAUGAUACUCGAUGUGGAGCCUGAAGACGACUCCGAUAGCCAAGGGUCCGUAUCCGAGUCGCUGUCCGAGCAAACUGGCGCUCAAGGGGGAGCUUACCGUCGUCGCUCAGCUCAUAUGCGCGUGGCCUCCGAUUUAUCUGCCAUCGAAACAUCCGCCGAAAUUCUUUAUGGCCUUAUCCAUCAGCGAUUCAUCACAUCCCGCCAAGGUAUUCAGAUGAUGUAUGACAAGUAUUUGGCGAAUCACUUUGGGUUCUGUCCACGAGUGUACUGUACCCAAGCCCGAGUCCUUCCCUGUGGAUAUUCGGAUACUCCCAGCGUGGAGACAGUUAAGCUUUUCUGCCCAUCAUGCUGCGAUAUCUAUGUUCCGCCAAACUCCCGAUUCCAGACAGUUGACGGCGCUUAUUUCGGAACCACAUUUGCCUCGCUGUUUUUGAUGACUUUUCCGGAGCUGGAUACAUCUGGUAAUGGCCGCAAGGAGGUUUUGUCUGGCGCCAGUCUGAAUUCCGCGGGUGGUAAAAAAGGAGGGAACCAGGCCGGUGCUCCAUACAUCAACGGGGUAUUGGCUACAAACCUCGCUCCUGGGUUAGGAAGGGGGAAACAAUACGAGAUGCGUAUCUAUGGAUUUCGUGUAUCGGAGCGAGCGCGCAGUGGGCCGAGGAUGGGCUGGCUGAGAAGUCGUCCAGAGGAUAUAUCCUUGUUGGAUGAAACAGCAAAGUCCGGGUUAGCAGCGGGGGAGGAGGAGGAGAUCGAAUAUAGUAGCGAGGAGGAAGGAUUGGAGGACAGUGAGGGGGAGGAAGAAAGCGCCGAUGAGGACGAAAUGGCCCUGGGUGGGGACAGCAUUGCUGGUUCUAGACUGGAGACAUCGAGACGUGGCGGGAUAACUCCUAUGGAUACAAACGGAACCGGUUUUGCAAGGUGAGUGGAGUGGAGCGGCGCAUCGACCAUAUCUUGCACCAAGUGGGGAACUGUUCGUCUUUGAAGGGAGAAGAGCAUUCGGACCCCACUUUUUUUUGUUUGCUAUUGCUUUAUCUUCUACUGCAACACUUGGUAUUUUAUUAUUAGUCGCUUUUUUCCCCUUGGGCUUUUUCCCCCUUCAUUUUUUUUUUCAUUGAAUUACUAGAGGUAGUACUAGCCGGUGCAAGCUAUGGGUGAUUGUUGUUGAUGAUGAGAAUUGAAAACUCGCUGGAACUUACAGAAAAUUAUCAAAACAGGAGACGGUUUAGAGACGCGUUUGGAAGGAGAGAAGGGGAAGGUGGAGGAAUUUCAUGGGUGGAGAAGAAGAAGAAAAAGGAUAGGGGUGUAUAUACCAUGUUGUCCCUCUUAUAUUCGUACCUUUUGUGUUCUUUGGACAUCUUCAGUCCUAUCCUACAUUUUUCCUUUUCUUUUUGUUCUCCUUGUGGCUUUUGAGAUUGUGGUGUUUCUAUAUAAGUCAUGCCUCGUUGGUUGGAUUUGUCUAGAAACAAUGGCCUCGCUAUCUAAUUAAUUAUACUGGGAUCUUUUUUGUGCAGC